AUGGAGAAAGCUCAGUGGAGUCCCAUAAAUAGUGAGCCUACGAGUGCUGGAACCAACCCCACUGCAAAGAGACCGCAUCCGGGCCUCACACGUUUGCCCAUCCAAUUCUCAAAUGGGGCGCCCAUAAGAGCGAAGAAACAGUAUACAGAGCCGCCGAAACAUAACCUCGACAGGCCGCCAGUGGUGCACAGCCUGACACUGAGCGGGGAUCUUCCUGCCCCAGAAGCGGAGUCACGGUCAUCGAAGCAACGAGAAAUUGGAACAGUAAGUUAUUCAACCGUAAACGAGACCGGUCCAUCGACUCCGUUUACGACCAUCUCGCCUGAUGAAUCUACGCAUGAACGGCGUGUCGAAGGCAAGAGGCACGACCUGGGGUCUAACGGUCGCAACACCACAUCUAUCGCAAACUCAAGGGCCGGUACCCAAACUCCGAGAGCAGUUCAUCAAGCGGGAAUGUCGACAGAGGCAAGACGCGCACAGUCACAAAAGCCUAAUCCUGUGCCGGAUGCAAGCAAGAUUUAUCAGGCUUUCAACAUUGCGCCCCCGAACACCAAUCUAAUCACGAACGAGGAACAGUCUAAUGCUACCACGGCGAGUGAAUCCAGACAGGGCUCAAUCAAGAGAACUUUUGGACCGAGAGAUACACCAGCAAAGCUUACGAAAGGUUCUCCCAAAGAACGCUCGGUCGGACUGCACGAAAGUCACACCAAGCCAGUGCAAAAUCAGGAGCCAUCUGUGAUUGACGAGCAGAGCUCGUCUUCUUCUGACGACGAUGCAACACAUCUGCCCACGAGUGCUGGACGCAAAGCAGAAGAGGCGGUUGACCAAGCAGAGAGUCCAGUCAUGGAUGACCCAGAUCACGUCACGAUGACGACCAGCUUACCAGAUGAUCAUACUAUCGAAUGGCUAGCAGAAGCCAAAGAUUUCUACCAAGGGACGCUACCGCCCUUUGUCACAAAGCAAAAACUUGGUGUUCGGAGAAUGGUAGAACUACCGUUAAUCGAAGGUCAACAGUACGCUGAAAAGGUCGAAGUGGUGUAUCGGUUAUGGGAUGCUGCCCAUACCUUCGCCAGUAUUGACAUAAAUGGUGAAAGAUUCAUUGUCAAAGUUUUCAGAGGCGGUGCUACCCCCUAUCGUCCCUGGAUGGGCCCGCAAACAGGAUUCUCCGAAACGCCGCUUGCGUUCUCCAAACAGGUCUCUCGGGGCCCGAAAAGCGAGGAUGACGAGAGAGACGACGACUACAGCCCAGCUAGUCGCCGUAAAUCUGGCCCAGUGUGGCGUCGCCGUCCCCAUCGUCCUAACUUCGGGAUAGACGACGAUGACGAAGAACUCGACGAGGACCCUUACCAGAUGGCAGAACAACUCCACUCGCAAAGGUCGUCGAUCGAAGGAGACGAUGCAGCGCCUGAUCCGACUGGUCAUAAGCCGCUGGACUCCAGCGUAGCCAUUACACAGCCACCCAGCAAGCUCAUCAACGCAGUCAAGAAAAGUCUUCGGCUACCGAAAGAGAAAGAUGUCUUCCAGCGACCCAAACAGAUAAAGCGCAGGAGCGUUGGUGGCCAAGGAGUGACUACGGAGUUGGAAGGGAGCAAGCGUGGGAAGCAUAAGGCGGUUUUCUCCAGUGAUAGCGAACGCUCUGUCCCCCAUAAGCGAGCGAAGCCUACGAAGGCCAUUUCCCAGCGCACUUUCUCCACUAAUUCAGCCCAUCUGAAAAAUGUCCCUCAAGUCUCAGAACACGAGUCUCCUACUCUCGAUGCGCACAAACUUUCGCCUUACAAACAAGCCCACACCACGCUACGUAUCGCACUUGUUCCGUACCCACAACAAUCUGCCAUACACCGAUUGCGUUCCUGCAUGACCAUAGAUACUUUCUUCAGCUCUGUGAUUGGGGUCUCUGGCUACAAAGGCGAUAAAGAUCGCAUCUUUGGCAUCACGGCCACCUUUGAUUGCAAGUCUGACGACGAUGCGGAUAAGAGUAUGGUGAUCAGGGAAGAGUGGCAGGAUAGCUUCGACGUGUUCCUCGAGACCGUUGACGGAGCGGAAUCCUGGACGGAGGAGGGUGGGAAAUGUGGCGUGGCUGUUAAUCUGUUGUUAACCGAGGGGUGA